UGACCGACAGCUGAUGCAAUGAUAAGAGAAUGAAGUCUAUAAAAAUCCCACUGAAGCUUGGGAAGGUCUAUUUGGAGCUCCUCCUGCCUCCUCCACCCAAGGCUGGUCCUGCAGCCCCAGUGGCAGCUCAGCCUCUGAAGAUGCACUGCUGGAAAACCAUGGCCAUCUUCUUGCUCUGCUCACUGCUGCUCAGCCAGACACACUGUGCUUCCCUGCACCAAGCUCAGCUGACCAGACAGAGGAGGAUGACACCCUUCUGGAGAGGAGUUUCCCUGAGACCCGUCGGAGCCUCCUGCAGGGAUAACAGCGAGUGCAUCACGAUGCUCUGCAGGAAGAACCGCUGCUUCCUCAGAACAGCCUCGGAGUGACUGGCCAGGAUGAAGACCACCCCUCACUGUUACUGCUGACACUGCUCCACUCUGCCUGGGAAAUAUUUAUUCACCGCUGAAAGCCAGGACUGGGAAUCCAGCAAUCGAUGUAGCUAACAUUUCUCUCACACAAACUGAGAAAAGGAUGUGAAAGAGCCUAAGAGCAUCUUCUAACCUAGGCUGUACCUCUGCAGCACACCCUUCAGGAAGACUCUUUGCCCAACCUCAAUAAAAGGACCCUGCAGCUCAUGUUCGUUUUGGUUUUUCACAAUGGUUCAUAUAAUAAUAUUAUUUUUUUGAGGUCUGAAUUAAAACCUUCUACUCAGCAAAA